UUAAAUCCGAACGAAAAAGAAGAAAAAAAAAUUGCAAGGAAAAAAUAGCUGCAUUUCCCGAGUCUCGUCUGCCUAUCUCUGUUAAUUAGCUGUUAAGGACUGCCGCGACAAUGUUUGCGUUAAUCAAUAGAAUACUGGACUGGUUCAAAAGUCUCUUCUGGAAGGAGGAAAUGGAGCUAACACUCGUCGGGCUGCAAUAUUCUGGCAAAACAACUUUCGUCAACGUAAUUGCUUCGGGGCAGUUCAGUGAGGACAUGAUACCGACAGUGGGUUUCAACAUGCGAAAAGUGACGAAAGGCAAUGUCACAAUCAAAGUCUGGGAUAUCGGGGGUCAGCCGAGAUUUAGAUCGAUGUGGGAGAGAUAUUGUCGGGGUGUGAAUGCGAUUGUGUAUAUGGUAGACGCAGCUGAUUUAGAGAAAAUGGAAGCAUCAAGGAAUGAAUUGCACUCGUUGCUGGACAAGCCACAGCUGGCUGGCAUUCCUGUGCUUGUGUUGGGUAACAAACGUGAUCUUCCUGGUGCCCUUGAUGAAACUGGUUUAAUUGAAAGAAUGAAUUUAUCUAGUAUACAAGAUCGUGAAAUUUGUUGCUACAGUAUUUCAUGUAAGGAAAAGGAUAACAUUGACAUCACAUUACAGUGGUUGAUUGCUCACUCCAAGAGCCAAAGUCGUUGAAUUACCGUUAAAAGUUGUUCCCCGCCAUUUCUCCCGCCAUCCCCAUUUCACACAAUUUCAACCUCAUACCAUCAAGCCAUCAAGUACUGUGUCCAAAAUCUGUCUAUCACACAUCUAAAAAAAUUACUAUAAAAUUAUCCGUAUGUUAGAAAUUUUCCGAUAUUAUUUUUUUUUUCGUUCAAUUUCGAGCAAAAAUAGUGCAAUGCUGUGCAGAAAAUAAUCGUAAUAAGUGCUAUUUUUAUCGACGUGACUGUCAAAUUGCCUAAAAAAAUUUUUGUUCUUUUUUUUUUACUAAAUCGAAUCAAGCUAAUAAAUAAAAAAAGUAAUAUGUCUAAGUCAAAAAAAUGCUAAAAGAACACAAAAAAUUUCUUUUGUAUAAAAAAUUGUUAGUUACACAUUAAAAAUGCAUAUUUUAU